AUGGAAGGCUUAUUAACAGAACAUGUAAAAAAUCUUGAAAAGAUAUGUCGCAUUUGUGGUAAAAAUAUUAAGAAUGUGAAGUCUACUUCCAAAUACAAGAAAGUGAUGUUUAAAGAAGAUCUUUGCAAACUUUAUGGCAUAUAUGUUGACAAUGAUUUAGACGAAGUUCAUCCUAGAUUUAUUUGCAAAAAUGAUGCUCGUAAACUGUAUUGUGUACGUAGCCACUCAGAAGAGACAAGUGACACUACAUGUUCAAAACAAGUUGCAAAACUGUUUUUACCUCAUGAUCAGAAUUGUGAAUUAUGUUUUCCACACAGGAGUGGAAGACCAUGGCUUUUAAAGUCAAAAUCUGUUAAAAAGAAAACAGCCACAGUUACAUUAGUACCUCCACAAGCAACAGGACACAACCAAAGUGCCCUAAACCCCUCAGUGUCACUACAACCAGAUCAGGAGUCUGACACUUUUUUGAAAUACAGUACAGAUAAAAAAUUUCAUGGAGAAACUUCUUCUGGUGAAGGGUCUUCAGUUUUCUUUUACUGA